UUCACCAUUUCCACGGCUUUGAAUCAACCAUUCAAACACAAAACAUCUAAUUUCGAAAAACCUCUCUCUCUCUCUCUCUCUCUCUCUAUCUAUCUAUCUAUCUAUCUACAAGCCCUAAGUUCAGGUAUUUUCUUCUCGCACAAUUUUAAAAACCCAUAUCUCGAUUUCUAAUAACUCGUCGAAUCUGAAAACAGAGAUCAUUCUUUCGCAUGAUACAUAAGUUCUUAUCAUAUAGAGAUAUAUAUAUAUAUAUAUACACACACAUUCAUAUCUGUUGACUUGCAUGGCAAGUGAUCAUGCGAUGAAAUUUCCUCACAUAAUCACCUCUUUAACUCUCUUGCUCUUCCUCUCUUUCCUCCUCCAAUCCCAUCAAAACUCCAUUGAACCUUAUCAACAAAGCACCAAUCUUCACCGUGUGACGAUGACGUCACCCCCUAGGGUUCACCAAAGUAGUACGUCUCAUCGACAGACAAGAAUCGCCGGUCAUCCUACGGCGGUGCCUUCUCCGACGGGGAGGAGUAGACUGCCGUUUAGGGCUCGCCGGCCAUGGCAGAAGGAGAAGAUGUACGGUGCUAAUGAGCAUGAAGUCCCAAGUGGUCCUAAUCCAAUCUCCAAUAGGUAGAGAGUUAUAUAUAUAUAUCUAUAUUUCUAUAAGUCUAUAUCUAUAUAUCUAUACACUAAGUUUAUAUGCAUGUAGAAGCUUAUUGUAUAAAAUAUUUCUUCAGUGAUUUUCUGAGAAAAAAAAAAGAAUAUUGUUCGCUAUAUAUGUCUGUUUACGAUUACAUUCACACGUGAAAA